AUGCAAGCCAAAACACCUGCAGCCAAAAAUUCACCCCAGACACCUGCAUCUGAAACACCUGCAGCCGAGAAUCCACUCGAGCCUGAAAUUGAACAACUUCAGACCUGUACCCGGUGCAAGAAGCCCAAGCCAGCGGGCGACUUUCACAUUUCGAGUCCCAAAGGCUCUCGUCCAGCCCGGCUAUGUCUGCAAUGCAGGCAGUGGCAGCGGGCUUAUUCGGCCGCGCGCCGAGCCAGAGAAUCGGCAUCCCAGGCCCCUGCCAAUCAAAAUGACCCUGGGACUCGAGAAGUGGUGGAGGAAAAGCCACUGGCGCUGAGGCCACCCAUCCUCAGGGACAAACCCGUGAAGGAUCCAGCUAUCGCGUUCACUGAGGCUCAGAAAGCCGCCCUACUGCGGCCAAAUAAGCCUUGGAAUGCAUGGAGAACUGAGCCCAGCGACUCCGAAAAUGCUUGA